CUUUUCAAGUUCAGUAAUCAGUGUUUGGUUUGUUUAUUCUAAGAUAGAAACCUACGUUUUUGAAGAGAAAGGAAUACAAAUUAUAUUUUAGUUUAGAUUAAUGUUUAAAAAACAGAAUGGCUGACAGACUAACGCAACUUCAAGACACUAUCAACCAGCAAGCUGAAUACUUCUGUAACAGCAUUGGAAUUCUGCAGCAAUAUUCAACUCCAAGCAAGUUUUCCGGUUUUGAUCGAAGUGGAUCUCAAACCCCACAGCAGCAAGAAGAUUAUGCUCACUUGUUCGCCUCAUUGAUUGCAAAAACCGCCAAAGAUAUCGACACCCUCAUAGAGUCCCUACCAAACGAAGAGUCCUCUACUGAGUUACAGAUGGCGAGUUUGCGGAGGUUGGAGCAGGACAACCAAGAAGCUGCAGAGAGACUAGAAGAGGUUGUUCAUCGAGGGGAAACACUUCUCGGGAAGAUACAAGAGGCUCUUGCUGACAUUGCCCAGAGUCAACUAGAGAUGCAAAACACGUUCGGAGAGUCUUCCAAAGACACUAAUGUGUAAAUCUUAUUCUUUGCAAGGGGGGAGGGGUUUCAAAAAGUAUUAGUAUAUGGCUUGGCAGAGUUACACUUUCUGCCAUCCUGAAAAUAAAAUUUGCCAGAGGUAUUGUAACAUGUCUGCAAUUAAAAGCAUAUUUCAUCAAGGACUAAAGUGACUUUUCGACACAAACUCGAGUGGGACAACCUUGGAUUUGCCUCAGUAAGCGAAUGAGUGUGGAUCAAAAAGACAUUUUGGCCUGUGUUAAGAUCUAGAUUUUUUUCUAUUGCACGAUUUUUUAAGCAAUUCAAAUAAAAAAAACAAAUAUUUUGUUCAUUGUUUACAGUUAUAAAUCUCUUAAGAAGUUACGUUAUUAAAUACAAACAGUUGUGUUGGCUAUUACUCCUACACAAUAAUUGAAAUUUAAAUUACUUUGAACAUUUUUACUCUUCAAUCAGUGUAAACAAAGAUAAAGAUAUUUUGUACUGUUGUAAAACAUACGAUGUAAGUCAAUGAUAAAAAAAUAAUAACAAUAUGAUUAUAUAUUUUUUACUUCAAUUUUUCUAUCAAAAUAAGUUUUUACAAAGCGAAAAAUAUACAGUUAAUGUCCUCAAAUCCAGCUACCUAAUCUUUUUUGCCCUUUGGAUAAAAGAAUUAGUUUUAGUUUAGCUAGUGUGUUUUGAAAACAGCCGUUUUGAAUUUAUUAUUGUGUUGGCAGAGUAAUACCUGUUGCUUAUUAUUAGUAACAGUAACAUUGUAAUUGUAAUAGUAACAAUAGCAAAACAAGACAGAAAUUAUUUUUUUGAUCUUGACAAUCUAUGAAAUUAUUGUUUUUGUUGUGGUUAGCUGAUAUUAUAAUGGUGCAGAAUAACAAAAAAAUAUUGUCCAUCACAUAAGCCAGAAAUGUCUUUCCUACCCUCGCUCAUUUUCCAUGGUCUUUAAACUUGGGCUUGUGUCGAAAAAAGUCGCUUUGGGCUCUGGCCCUAGUAAUGAAAUAGACUAUUUUUUUAGACUAGUUAUAAUUUUUUUUUAUGGACUACAAAUGAUGAUGCAAACUAAUAUGUCAAAUAAAAAAUGGAGGAAAGUGUUUCAACCUUUCCUGUAAAACCAUAAAAUUAGACUGACGUAUAUGUACCAAAGAAACUUGUAACCGAGCACAUAAUCAAAGCUUCCGAAUGCAAAGAGUUCAAUUGAUGGACCUUUUAAAGUGAGAUCCCAAUUCUAUGCAUUCGUCAAGUUCAUUAAAAUAUGAUUAACAGAGUUGCAUAAAGCAUAUAACAUGAAGAUUGGUCCUUUAGUUCUAGGUUUAUUAAUAGACUAAUCAUAUUUUAAAAAUUUUUGGUAAAUUUGAUAAUUCAACAAUAUUUAACAAAUAUUAGCAUCAUACAAAUUGGUAUAUCUUUUUGGAAAGAGACAAAUUAUAAUUAAUGUAUGGUACUUUGUAGAAACAUUUAUUUUAUAUUAAAAAUCUCGAUGAAACCCAGAGAGAGAUUCAAGUACAGGGAUCACUUAAGUGACUUUAGUCGUAAGCAACAAAUUGUAUAUAAAAUAGUGUACAGAUUGUUUCUGUGAAACAGUAUUCUUUAGUGAGUAAUGUUUAUUUAUUUAUUGUUUUUUAUAUUGAAAAAAUCCAUCAAGUUAGAAAUUAGGACCUGCAUCUUUACACAGGACUGGAUUAACUACUGUACUAACCUAGGCCAUUUCUUAGGGCAUGCCAGGGGGGUAUUGAGUUUGUCAAUCGAUGGUUUUGUGAGAGAAGUUGGGACGGCCCAAUCUAAAAGUUCUGAGUUCAAAUUAUAACAAAUUGUGUUCUCUAUCUCAAAUAACCUGUAAAACCUGUAAAAAACCAAUAUAGAAUCCACUGUAGAAAAAGUGUCUCGCCAUUAUUUACUUAAUUUUUGAUAAUUUCUAAACAGUUUAUUUCCAAAACUGUUAACAGAAUCACAGCAACACAUCAAGAUUAUCCACCAUGAUCACGACAACAUUGUUAUAAUUUUUUGUGAUCAUGAUUAAAUUGCUAGAUUUCCGUCUAAAAUCCUCAAAUCAUAGCCAACACUCGAAAAACAGAUAUAGACAUUUUCAUAAGCUUGCACAUCAAUCUUCAAAUUCUAUUACAUUUGCUGCCAAAAGGAACGCGGUUCUUACGUAAACAGUGGGUGUAACUUAAUUCGAGAUUUCAAUUCCAAAUCCACUUGGUGGAUCUAUAAUUGGCAUUUUAUCCUGAGAUUCAGUAGAUUUGAGUUUUAGGGCCAACAAAACAUUAGACAGAAGGAAUGUGUAUGUUCCUACUGUACAUCCUGCUAUGUGUUUAUUAGGUUACAAUAACCUUCCAAGAGCAGUGCAUUUUCAAUUUCACAAAUUAAUAAAAAGCAGUGUCUUGCAGCCAAAUCAUGCAUAAACUAAGUCACCACCAACUUUCUGUAAUUCUUGAAAAAUUCUGGACAGUGUGUCUAUUGUUCUUAAAGACAAUAGACAUCAUGUCUCAAUCUCAAAUCAUAAACGUGUAAAAUCCUACAUGAAUCGAAAGCUGUCAAUUUAUCACUAACCCUAAAAAAGCUAGAGUCUCAUUAAAGUUUUGUUCCCUCACAGAUAAAGUAACUACCAACUGGAGUAACCUACAAAAUAAUUAACCCCUUUUGGGGGUGGAAGGGUAUGAGUUGAGUUUGGCCUAGGGUGUCAUAGAGGGUUAAUCUGGACCUGUCCCUACAAAACUAGACAUACAUUAGAUUGUGUCUUAACACUGCAUCAAACCUCUCUAUAAGAGGAAGCUAUUCUUCAGCCUACACUUGCUAGGUGAGAAUAACUUACUGGGCUACAUUAAGGAUCUAACUAGGAGGAAUUUGCCAUUAGUACUGAAAAAAUCCCCUACCAAAACUAUUUUGUUCUCUGAAUGAGUUUUGGUAAUGUUUUCCGUGGUUUAGUUAUGAACUCUUUUUAGCUAUAGGGUUUAUUUAAAGAUUAUCCUUUAAGACUUAACUUUAAGGAAAAUUGUAUUGUAUUUUCAUGGAUACUCAUAGGAUACUCCCAUUUCACUAAUCACUUUUCAUCUGUAGAGAGUUUAGCAUUUCAUCAAAACAUUUAAAAGUAUUUAGCUAAUCAAUAGUUUGUUUUGCAGUAAUUCACUUUGUUCCUAAUAGAGAACAAUGACAUUGAAGUAUUUAAAACAUCUCAUGAUUUUAAGAACUGUGCUUGAUGUUCUCUACUAAGAAGGCUUUAAUUUAUUUGUUUUCAAAGGGCUUUUAUGUUUUUUGGAACCGAAUACAAAUUCAAUUUUGAAAGUCUUGAAGCAUUUCAAGUAUUAAGAAGGGUGCUUCAUUUUGUUGUACUAAGAAGGUUUUUAUUUAUUUUAUUUAAAAAGGUUUUAUACUCCUGGUAUUAGUAUUCAUUAAACACCCUCUCUUUUAGUUGUUAAGGACUUGUGUUUGUAUAGCAGGCUCAUAUAAAUAUAGGCAAGACCUUUAUUCAAUUUACACAAUUUAAACAUUUCACUGCAAUCACAUUUGCAACCAAGAAAGUUUUGAAUUGAAAAGAGCUUUUAUGAAGAUUUUUCUAACAGUCAUUCCCCUGAAAUUUUAAGAAAACGUAAAAUCAAAUUUAAAUUCUGUAUUCUUCCCUAAAAAAUUUUGUAUAAUCCUUUUUUAAUGAUAUGUAUAAUUUCAUCGCAUAUGGGGUCAUUGUCCCUCAACUUUAACAUUAGCAAAAUAGGUAUUUCAUCUAAACAUCCUAAUUUUUCCUCUUUAAUAAAAUACAAAUGUAUACAUAUUGGUUUUCUCUGUAACUGUGAGUGUAUGAAAUUCUUCUUAAAAGCAAUUUAUGGUAAUGCAAUGAUCAAAGACAACUAGACAUUACUCUCACGAUUGAGUUGUUCCCACAAAAUGUCCUUCCCUUUAACUGUUGUUUAGUGUUGUAGUUAUACAGAUGGAAGAAUUUACAAUAAACUCAGAUGCAGUUUGACUAAUUUUCCACGUCUGCCAAAAGAAGAUAAACAUUUUAGAGUAACAUACUCAGGUUUUGGAUUUUAUAGUGUUAAAAAUGCCAUUGUUGUUUAUAAAAUAAACAGUUAAGAGUUAAAAUACUGUAGUACCCUUAAGUAUUGUUGUUUAAAUAGGGUCAUCAUUUUUAGAAUGGCAUUUGUAUGUACAUUUUGUUGAAAGUUUCUAUAAUAAAUUUUUAUUGUUUACUGA